GUUUUAUUGAAAGUGUAAUGCUUAUUAAAGGCACCUCCUCCGUAUUUUGUAUAACAGAACACAUGGUAUUUCCGUCAGUUCUUGCUAGCUCUCUAAACUUGAAUCACAUUUGAAUUAAACUACAGGGAAGCUGAAACUACCGAUAAUAGCUUAUCAAACUAGUGAAAACAACACUCGAGAUGAGAGACAUUUAUAUAACGGCAAAUGACAACAAUGACGCAAAGAAAGAGAGUGAGAGUCAAGAUUCCCUAGCUUCCUCGGAAACAAUGCAUCUCAGAAGAAGUAUGUUUGGAAUAACAUCUCCUUUGUAUAGAAGCACGAGAAGGAAUACUUUGGAAGAUUUCGAUGACAUUCGAAGCAUUCUGUCACACAGCAAAGUCGAGGAGAAAUGGGAAUCCUUCGUUAAUGAGGACGGUGGGGUUUUUUAUGUUGACGUACACGAAGACAGUCACCAGGUAGAGAGGAGCAGACGGCAAAGACCCGCCACAGCACGUGCUCGACAUCAUCGCAGACGACAGAAUAGCCGCUGUCCAUGUCAUUGCAAACAGCAGAAUUCAAAAAAUUCCGAAAUGUAUGAAAACAACGUGAAAGAAAUACAUGAAAAUAUUACACCACAAGACGACAAUUCCGCUGUUAAUACUAAUUACCUUGAAAGUUUGAUAGACUUUCAGUCUCAAAUUCUUGCAAAUGGAGAAGACAACAAUGGAAAUGUUUCUUUUGAAACCAACAACAUUCAAGACAAUUCAUUAGGUCUCAAACAAGUCAGUGUGUCUCCUAAAGAACAAGCCAAAUGCCCAACCAUACAUAGAGACCCCGUCUCUGAGAUCUUGCAUUUUCAGGCUUUCUUCGGAGCCACUUUGUGUCAUUAUAAUCAAUGUGCUCAACCACAGGCAGGAGUUCUACAUAGCUCAAUACAGGAAACUAAAUUAGUCGUUCAGUACGUUGAACCAGAUAGUCCAGCGGCAAAAGCGGGUGUAGUGAAAGGCGAUAUUCUUCUGUGUUUGGAUGACUUAGAGGCAUCACUUUUCUUUGAAGGUGGACUUCUUUAUCGUCUACCCAAACAAUCAAUGAAAUGGACCUUAAAACCAUCCGAGGAAACGAACUCUCCAACCACCCUUAUUAUUCCAACAACAUUUCAGGAAGACUCAGCAGAGACCAUGAAAGCCAGAAAACAAAUUAAAAAGAGUAUACUUCAACUUAUUUCCCGCGGAGUGAAUCCGAAAGUUUCGUCCUUUUUGAAAAAAUUGACUCAACAUUUAGUAUCAGAUGCCGAAGAGUUAAAAGUGAGGUAACCGGACAACUGUACCAACAACACAGAAAAUGAACAUUUUUAACGCCAACCUUUACAAUUUGUGUUCAAGCUUGAAGCGCGUAUCAACAGUUACGUUGUUCUGUGAUCCGGACGUUUAAAGAAGAUGUAAAAACCUUGAUAUAUUGUCAAUAAAACCUUCCCAAAGAU